AUGGCGAAUUCCAAAUCAGUUCUCCGAACUUUGAUUCUGUCUAGAUUUAUCCCAAAUUUCCUCUCUCUCUCUCUUUCUCUCUCUCUCUUUUCCCGCGCUUAUUUUCUGUCAUUUUUUUCUUUCUCAUUCUACUUCUUUCAUUGUUCCCUUCCCUACCUUCACUCUAACUGCCCUUAUCACUUAAUUAUUUGUUUUCUAUUUGUAUUUUUCUCCUCCCCCCUAACUGUUUUCUUUCACACUUCUUCAUUCGCUCUUUCUCUCUAUCUCCUAAGUUUUGGGGGCUUUUCUUUCUUUCUAGCCUUCUUUCACUCUUUGUUUAUACGUUACUGUCUUUCGCUUUUUCUUCCUAUUUCUUUUUUCUUACUCUCUUUGAGAGAUCUUACGGGUAUGUCUGUACUUCUCUCUUAUUCACUACCUCUCUUUUCGCCCCCACCUCUCUCUCUCUCUCUCUCUCUCUCUCUCUCUCUUUCUGUUACACUCUCAUUGGCAGCCGACUACUGUUUUUUUUUCGGCUCCCUUUUUCUUUUCCUUUCAUCUCUCUUUCUCUCUCACUCUUUCAAUCCUUUUUCUUUUCCAUUGCUCUCUGCUUAUAUGUAUCAUCUCUCUUCUCCCCUCUCUUUCCUCAUUUCUUUCUUUGUUUAUCUACCUGCCUUAUCAUUCUUUUUACCUCUUUAUCACUUCUACAUUUUUUUCUUUUCCUCUUCCUUCUUUUGUUUUUUUUAUAACCUCGCCCCCUCUAAUUUAUUUUCUUUCAAUCUCUUUCCAUCUCACUUUUUUCUUUCUCUUUUUCUGCCAUCACUCCCUCUGUUUGAUCUCCCUCGCACUUCCUCCUCCUUUCUUUCAGUAUUUCAUUGUCUAUACACACAAAAUGGCCUCCAAACUCUUCCUCUUUCUGCCCCCUUUCUCACUAUUUCUCUGAUUAUCUCUUUCUUUCUUUCUUUCUUCUUCUCCGUUAUCGAUACACUUCGUCUUUCUUCUUCUCUCCUUCUUUCUACACAUUUUCUUUUUCCUUUCACCCCCUUUUUAUUUUUGACUCACUGUUUUUCUUUUGUCCCCUUCUCUCUCUCCUUUAUUGAUACACGCCCUUUCCCUCUUUCUUUCUCUUUUAUUCACUUCAUUAUUAUUUCUACCUCUCUCUCUCUCUCUCUCUCUCUCUCUAUCUAUGUGCCACUAAUCUGUAAAUAG